AUGACCAUCGAUCUGUUCGAAAUCAUUCUUACCAGUCGAAUCAAUUCAUUUCUUAAUUAUCUACGAAUCACCACACGAGCAAGCUAUUUAGUUUCAGCUCUCAAUACCAAUUUCCUGGUCGUCUAUCAAAAAGCAGUCAAUGUUAAAGUAGGAGGUAUAGUAACGUAUGGUUCGUGGUCUAUAACAGGAGAAGACAACAGUGCAUAUGAGCCAUGUAGUACGGAAAAUCCAAUCAGCUCGACGGGCUUCAUCUCGCUUUCAUGGAAGUGUGAUUCUCUCGGUCAUCCACAAUGA